UACAAUUACAGUAGUUGUGAUUGUAAACACAGCUCAAACUCCGAUCACAUCGCAGUCGGCUUGGAUAACAACAUACCUAUCAGAUGUGAUUAUAAAAAAGUGCCAACGUACAAGGCCUACUUGGAUGGCAAUUUUUCUCGACUGAUUGUUGGUGGCAAAUUAGAGAUAAUUUCGUUGUAAACCUUUUGUCCUAUUGAAUAUCAAACAGUUGCUAGUGAUAUGCCACUUUUUGAUGAUCUCUCGUUUAAAGAUAUUUUGGCAUCUUCUGCCACUAUAUCAACAGUAUUGCAGUUUUUGACUGGAUCUGUGAUAUGCCACAGAUAUAUAAGGAAAAAGUCAACCGGAGAGACGUCUGCUUUUCCGUUUGUUUCGGGCUUCCUGUCAUGUUCUCUGUGGUUGAAGUACGGAUUGUUGUCGGAAGAACAUACAAUAAUUUUUGUUAACACCAUAGGGUCAGCCUUGUUCUUCGCAUACGUGAUAAUUUACUUUACUUUUUCUGUGAACAAACGCACCGUAGUUCGGCAAUUCUUGGCAGUCUGUUGCUUUAUACUGGCGUGUAGCGUAUACACAAAAUACGAACCAAACUCGGAAACAGCUCUCGAAGUUAUUGGUCUUAUUUGCUGCGGCGUUGGAGUGCUAUUCUUUGCAUCGCCUCUAACAGUAUUAGCUCAAGUGAUAAGAACUAAGAACACGGAGAGUUUACCUUUUCCGAUUAUUAUUUCUUCCUUUUUCGUAUCCCUUCAAUGGUUUAUAUAUGGAAUGGUGAUUGAAGAUAGUUUCAUUCAGAUUCCAAAUCUUUUGGGGUGCAUUUUAUCGUCAAUCCAACUUCUGCUUUACGCAAUAUAUCCAAAUCGGAAGCUAUAUUCGGAUGGUGGACCGUCGUACCAACCUUUACGCUCAGAUGCCAAUAUUCUUUGAAAAGGAGAGACAAAGUUUACUUUGUACUGGUGAUAUGCAGUCAAAAUGGUUGCUUGAAAACAUAAUAAUUAAGUAUUCGUUUGACAUUUGUGAUCAGUAUAUUUUGUAAAUAAAACAUUAUUUAAUUGUAUUAAUAAAACGACGAUUCAGCAGAA